AUGUCCGCCAACGAUUAUUACGGCAGUGGUAACAGUGGCUACGGCCAGCAGGGUGGUUAUCCUCAGCAGCAGAACUAUGGCCAACCUCAGGGCUAUCCUCAGCAGGGCGGCUAUCCCCAACAGCAGCAGUACUCCCAGCAGCAACAACCUCAGGGUUACGGCUACAGCCAACAGCAGCCUCAAUACUCCUCCCACCCGCCUCAGCCCAGCUACGGCUCGCAAGCUCCUCCUCAGCAGCAGUACGGCCAACAACCCACCUACGACCAGCGCGGCUCAUCGUUCUAUCCUCAACAACAGCACAACAACCCUCAGUAUGGCGCCCCUGCUUAUCCCCAGGGAGGCGCUCCUGGACAAUACCCUCCCGGCCAACCCGGCCCCGACGGUGAUCGCGGUCUCGGAGCCACUCUCGUCGGUGGAGGUGCCGCUGCUUGGGCUGCCCACACAGCCGGCGGUGGUCUUCUAAGCAGUCUUGGAGCUGCGGCCGCUGGUGCUAUCGGUGCCAAUGUGCUCGAGAACAAGUUCAAGAAGGGCAAGAAGGAAAAGAAACACAAGAAGGAUAAGAAGCACAAGAGCCGCGGCAUGGACAGUAGCUCCAGCAGCAGCGAUUCUGACUAA